GCGACGUAACCAAGUAGGAUGAGCGAAAGGUGCAGCGACUGAACCGAAGAACUCCCGUUGUUCGUGUUUGUUUGUUUGUUUGUUUAUUGCGCGUUAUUGUUUGUUUUUCCAUUUUGUUUCCAUUCUGCGUGCUUAAUAUAACGUAAGCAAAUGAAGGAGACAUGGUUACAUUUUCGCCAUGGCAACCGUCGGUAAAGCGUCACGUGAAGGAGCCGUUGUUGUUUUGUUUUUUUUCCUCCGCUGUAAUCCUGUACGCUGCGGGGUUUAAAUUUUAACGCCAGCGCUCGCGCGCGUCCUCCCGUGCCGUUGAGAAGCUUGAGUACCGACUGACCCGUUUGACCGAGCUCGGUCCGGUUCCGGCCCGGAAAUGGAGGCGGUUAUGGAGAGAGAGUGCAGCGCGCUCGGAGGACUUUUCCAAACAGUCAUCACCGACAUGAAGGGCAGCUACCCAGUGUGGGAGGAUUUCAUCAGCAAGGCCGGGAAGUUGCAAGCGCAGCUCAGGGCUACGGUUGUGGCAGUCGCUGCUUUCCUCGAUGCCUUUCAGAAGGUCGCGGAUUUGGCGACUGGAAGCAGAGGUGCAACCCGGGACAUCGGUUCCGCUCUGACCCGGAUGUGUAUGAGACACCGCAGCAUAGAAGCCAAACUCAGACAGUUUUCAAUGGUGUUUGUCGACUCACUGAUUAACCCGCUGCAAGAGCAGAUGGAGGAGUGGAAGAGAGUCGCCAACACUAUGGAUAAGGACCAUGCCAAAGAAUACAAACGAGCACGACAAGAGAUCAAGAAGAAAUCAUCAGACACGCUCAAACUGCAAAAGAAAGCAAAGAAAGGGCGUGGUGAUCUCCAGCCGCAGGUGGACAGCGCCCUGCAGGGGGUGAGUGAUAAAUACGCAUCGCUGCAGGAGACGGAACGACAGGCGGUGAGGAAGGCUCUGAUCGAAGAGCGAGCUCGAUUCUGCACCUUCGUCUCCAUGCUCAGACCCGCCAUAGAGGAGGAAGUGUGUAUGUUGGGUGAGAUCACGCACCUGCAGUCGAUCUCUGAUGAUCUGAGGUCUUUGACUAUGGACCCUCACAAGCUGCCUCCUUCCAGCGAGCAGGUAAUCGCUGAUCUGAAGGGCUCCGAGUGCAGCUGGUCCUAUCAGACUCCGCCCUCCUCCCCCAGCACCACCUCCAGGAAGUCCAGCAUGUGCAGCAGCCUGAACAGCGUGAACAGCAGCGACUCUCGUUCGAGCAGCUCUCACUCUCACUCUCCCACGUCACAUUUCCGUUACCGCGGCUCCGCCCUCCCUCAGCAAGGCUCCGUCCGUCUUCCCAGUGUCUCCUCCCACGACUCGGGCUUCACCUCUCAGGACACCUGUCAGUCAAAGAGCCCCUCCCCAAUGCCUCCAGAAGGGGGCGUACAGUGCUCUGACUCGUCCUGCCCUGAUGAGUCAGCUCAGCCAAUCACAGACAGCUCCACUCCCACAUUACCUGACUCCAACACCAACACUGAAGACAAGCUGGUAAACGGCAGCACGUCACAGUUUAAUUCAGCGGACCCUUCCCUCUUCAUCCUUCCAUCAUCUCCACCUCCCUCCUCACAUCCACCCGGUUCCGUGUGGGCGUGGCCUCAGACCCCCGGCCCCGCCCCAGGGGAGGAUCUCGAGCCGUGUUUUCCUCUAAGCCCCGGCUCCUUCCCGCCCUCAUAUAGAGUUCCCAGCUGGAAGGACUGGGCCCGGCCGGGUCCGUAUGACCAGCCGAUGGUGAACACCCUGCGCAGGGUGAAGGAGAGAGCGAGGGAGAACAGUGAACAGUGCAGCGGCUCCAGAGACGAAGCUCACAAAUCCAGCCCCAACUCCAGCACUCACAGUAAACCCAGGGACGAAGCUCACGAGGAGCUGGCCGUGUGUCUGUCUCGUGGUCUGUCGCUGGAUAUACCGCGCAGCAGCCGGGAAUCCGUCCAGGGAUCCAGCGGCUACAGCACACAGACCAACACACCCUGCUGCAGCGAGGACACCUACAUAUUUGAUUACGAGUGCUUGCCAGGGGGCGGAGACCACGACAGCGAGUCGCAGGACUGCGAAGGGCCCGUCUCGUCCCUCCAGCACACAGACAUCACCCAGUCGUACCGGAGGACUUUGCCAGUCAAGCGGCCUUCCCCCUGUGGGCCGGUCAGCAUCACACCGGGUGUGGCUACCAUCCGGCGUGCGCCCACUUCGAAGCCAAGCCUGUGGCGCGGGCCGAGCGUCCACGGCCCGAUCCCGAUCAAAACACCCGUCAUUCCUGUCAAGACCCCCACCGUGCCCCCGGCACUAUUCGGAGAGGACGCGGACAAAUCCAGCGACCCCUCGCCAUCACCCACACAGCUGACGCCCGACCCCAUCGGCCAAUCGGAAGCUCCGGUGGAGCGGAUUGAGACGGGGCCCGACGAGCAGGAGGGCGGCGUGCUGACGUCUAUUCGCCGAGGAGUGAGCUUUAAAAAAGCCACGACCAACGACAGAUCCGCUCCGGUGCUGGAAUAAGGAGCGCCGUCGAGCGGCCUCGACCAAUCAGAACUCGCCGAAGUCGGGGAGAUCUUUAGUGCUUUUUAACAGUGCUAACGUCGUCACGUAUAGGAUGGGUAAAGUAGUACGUAUGUUUCCCCAGUGAUUCAGUAUAUCCAUAAACAAUAACGCAUAAAGACGAGAUGUUAUAAACGUUAUACCGUCGUAAUACGUAUGUUACACAGCAGUGACAUUUAGUGGCUUUGUACAUACUACUAAGACCCAGACUAUCCAGUGUAAAGUGUCUGACUGUUGAUUGUAUUUCUAGAUCUUUCUCCGCUACCAGCCCAUCCUUCUGUAGGUGCCAAAACUUUGUGCCUCGUACUGUAUUUUCUUUAAUCUUAACUCGAGUCAGGAAUCGCAGAACCGCAAUCAGAGCUGCUCCGGAUGUGGAGAGCGUGCGUGUGGGUUGUUGUUUCGUUUCUUUGUUUGUUUGUUUACCUCGUGUCAGAUGUGUAGGGUUCGAAAGCCUCGCAUACUGAAGCAGUUCCUGAUGAAGUCUCUUUCAUUUAAAUUUUUUAAAAUUAUUAUUUAGGUGGGGAGCGGGGGGGGUGGGACAAAUAACUGUCUCUGAAACGGCGUACGCCUCUCAGCUGAUGCAUGGCAUCCUGUCCGUCACACGCCGGUCUAGCCGAGCUGUAGUGCGUGCAUCGAUCCCAGUGAAAUCAGCAGGAAGAGUCGUGCGUUUAACAGAAACCCGAACGUUGUGCUCGUGCAUGCAGCCCACACAUCACACACCUCGGGAGCAGACGCAGAGUCUAAUCUCUGUCUUUUAUAUCAGAUCUUUCAUUUUCAACCAGUCUAAAUCAACUUACGUCAACUCUCAGACAGCUAGCUUUUAACUCCCGGAAUGAUGUCAUCACUGUAACCCCAAGCCUGAGUAACCGGACUAAGAUUUCACAAACAGAAUGAUGCAACUUAUUUGUAAUCCUUAAACUACAGAAUAACGCACACAGUGUCAUGCCGUUACCAUGUUUUCUAAUUACAGCACAUCUCAAAGUGUUUUAUUACUUUCACACCACAGCAGCAAGUUUAAUACUUAAUAAGUUAAACAAUAAAAAAAAAAAAAUCAGUUUGUGUCAUUAAUUACAUUAUAGCCACUUUUCUUUUUUUCUCUCUCUCUCUUAGUUUAGUUUUAUAAAUCCUGGAAAGUUUCAGCUUUCACACUGGAGACUUGUUUCUGUAAAUUAUAAAUGAAGAUCAACUUAUAGAAAACUUCACCGCGUCAAUAAGUGCACUUUGAUUUAGUCUGUUCAACACGAACCGCGUGAUCCCUGCAGAAACUGUUACUAUAGAAACAGUGACGCGUUAGAACCUGAGCAGCUGUAAAGAAUCGGAUCAGAACCAGUCAGGUUAGAGAAUUUUACAGCAUUACGGGAUAGUUGCAUUUCACGUGGACAGGAAGUCAAACUUCCUGUUUUUGGCGUCUGAUGAUUGGACUAAAGCUGCGGGAUUUUCGAUUGCACAGAACGACAGUAACACAGUUAUAAGAGUUUAAAACUCCCUUUAUUUCUCGAUAUAAUCCCCUGCUACACUAAUGCACUUAUCCCAGCGUCUCACUAGCACCAUCAAGGUAGAAACAUUUCUUAGAGCGUCUGAAACACUGGCCUCCCAGGAACUCCUUUAAUGGCUUUCCAAACAUGAAGAAAUAGCUUGGGGCCGGUACCCAUCACCGUACUCUGCUUGAAUAUCGGUUUUACACUUUUUUAUUUUCUAGAAUUCUUAUCACGUCCCAGGUUUGAGCUCGAACUAAAUCAUCAUUAUCAUCUUCUAACAUGAACAGAAACACGGGAGGUCAUUGAGACAUGAGAUUAAGCUCGACUGUGGGGUUUAAAUCAGGAAUGUGAAGAUUUAGUGUGCAUAAAUGGAAGAGACUGAGGUAGUGGUUUGCGGUGAAUCGAGCUUUUAGAAAUAAUCCCUAACAACAAUGAGAAGUUUCACAGUGGUGUAACUGUGUGUCAGAUUCAGCACCACAGUAACACAAAGUCUCUUCAGUGACACGUCAUCUCCCGUCAUCUCUCUCUCUCUCUGACCAUGUUAAAAUCUUUUCAUUCAGGAAACUUGCUUUUACCUCAACAUUAACCAUCAAAGUUUUUUUUUUUUUUUUUU